CAGAGCGCAAAAGUCAAUUUACCUUCUUCUUCUUCUAAUCAGUGAAUGUUCAAUACCCUUCAGCAGCAGUACUCUGCCUUAGCUAAAAUGUCUGAAGAUACCUUUGACCAAGCUUUCUUGGAUCCCGUCCUCUUUGGCGAUGACCAGCCUCAAGAUGCCCUGUCAUUUCUCUCGUCGCUUCAAUUUGCAAACCCACAUGAGAGUCCACGACCCCAACCGUCUUAAGCUCUUCUGCUGUGAUGUCGAAGGCUGUGGAAAGAACUUCGAUCGUCGUCACGACUUGACCCGUCACGAGGCAACGGUUCACCGAGGUGAACGAGCCUACCACUGUGACUACUGCGAGAAGCCUUUCAGCCGAAAGGAUGCUCUCGUUCGCCACUUGACUGUCAAGGGCUGCCCUAAUCAAAUGGGAGCAAUGUAAUUUGCCCUUUGAACGCCACGACUUGAAACACCGUGAUGAACACCUCCCUGAUACUCUUAUCUACAACUGGACACUCUUCCUCUUGCACUCGGAAACUUAUCUCUGGAUGGCUUUGACAUGCAAAGUCUUGUUU